AUGGCGAGGCAUAGUUUUGGCUUCCGAGGGGUGCGUAACAGGCGUAUUCGGCACCUUCUACUCCGUUCGGCCCUCGCACUCGCAGUCCUUGUAACUCUCAGUCUCAUCGCGCUACUCUGCUUUUUUGCCUACGAGAGCAGGGAAGGGGUCGAGAUACCGGGCGAGCGGCACGUUUCACCACUGUCACAGCAUAUGGCGGGCGAAGAGGUUGAUGCCGAUGGCACGAUCCCGUUUCGAAGGCCCUCCUCCGUUACUUCGACGACGUGUGCCCCUGUAGCCGAGUCAUCAAGCGGAGUAGGUGCGGUGUGGUUCAACCCCAAGACUGGCGACGCCUCCCAUCCCAACACGUCUUGGCUGCACUCUGCCUUCACCUCUGCUGGCAAAGUGCGUGUUGCGCUUCCGUUUGGUGCCCACGCAGACACCGGCGCGUUUGUGUCGCAGAAGCCGCGGCUGUUUGCAUUUCUUGCAUCAUGGAGAACCUAUGAACGCAUGCUGAUGGGGCGUGGCUCCCAGGGUGACGAGGCCACUGCCGCGGCAGACGUCAAUGAGGAGCUGCCGGUCUUUGCGCGGAGGAGAGUAGCACCUGUGAAGCAUGUUGAGGUGCGUCUGUUGCGGCAGCGCUCGUCACGAAAUACUUGGGCUGCUCCGACGGAGACCAUGCUGCCCAUCGUAGGCAUUCUUCCUCGCGAGUCGACGACACUGGUCUCCGCGGAAGAAUUGCUAGUGGAAAGCGCCUUGAGCAAAGAAGGCUUGGAGCCUUUGGUAGCGGCGAUUCAGCCAGGCAGUGAUAACAAGGAGUCGACGGUUGUAGGCAUCGACACACGCUUGCGGGCGUCGGCCGCGAAGGAGCGCGGCGGUAAUGCAAGCCAUAGUACAGGUGAUGGCACCUCACUGCUACCCUUUCCUUUGCUGGAGUUGAGCAUCGCUCCUCGGCGCAGCGCCACGUCUCCAGCCUCCUCCACUGAGGUGAACUCCGAUGUGAUCCCCGCGACCACGCUGGUGAAGUGGCGCGCCGGUCACAUGACGGCUCCGGCCAGCGGUGAGGCAUUGGAGAUCACCCUCGACAUUGUGCAUCCCAGUCGGCCAAGUUUGGAAGCCUCUUUGUACACAGAGGAAAGCGAGAAGACACGUUCUGGAGCUCGAGGAGACCCCUACACCUCUACCCUUGAGGCCAACGUGUGCAGCACGCAUAUUGUUCGGCUCUAUGGUUUGAGCCCCUCCAUCUUGUCGGUGCACACUCACGGCGGCUCUGCCGGUGCCAGCGCGGUGGCGGAGAAAGGCGGGCUCAACGUGAUUCCGCUGAACAUGUCAGAGGAAGUGGAGCUAAUGGUCGGUGGAGAGACGAGGCUGUCGUCUGGAGGCGCACGACUGAGCGGCGUUGUACCCCUUCUCUAUCUGGAGCUCUCUUACGGCGGGACUGCAGAUGUGCAGCAGGGUGCAGCAGCAGGUGAGCACCAAACGAUGGGACUGCUGUGGCUGCACCCUGGCUCUUUCUUUAUCUCCACCUUGACCUCGCCCACCCCCACCGGCGGCCACGAACCGCCGCGCACGUGUGUACGACUGCGCGGCACCGCGGGCGCUACCGGACUGUAUCUGCUUCCGGGGCCGACCCCAGCGGAGGUGCUGCGGCAGUACUACACUCUCACCGGAUUCCCCACACUUCCCCCACGAUUUCUCUUGGGGUAUCAUCACGGUUUGCAAGGCGCUGACGUCACCACCCAGCAGGCUGCAGAGGAUCUUAGUGAAGCCUUUCGAAACGCCGGUGUGCCGCUGGACAGUGUGUGGAUGACUAACUCCGCAGUGGCGGCGGGAGACACUCCGUUCACGUGGAACCACACCCGCUUCCCGGAUCCACUGCUGAUGCAGUCUAACUUGUGGUACGGGGGCCGGCGCUACGUGAUUUCGCGCAGCGUCCCCACGGUCCCAAUCACGAGUCGCUCUCCAUUGCUUCUCGAGGGCCGCCGCGGUGGCCUCUUUGUGUCGCUGAGCGCCGUGGAUACUGCAGGGUGGCCGGCGCUCAGCGUGGAUGGGGUGUCGAGCCACGUCGUCGACUUUUUCAACCCUGCGGCAAGCAAGUGGUACAGCGGCAUGCUCAAGUACCGGCGCUACGUCGGCUCCUCAAACCACACGUUCAUCAGCCUUCAUCAUAGCGCGCCCAUCGUGCGGGCGAGUGCGGUGCCGACCGCAGGGGAGGAAGCAUUCCUGUGUCUGCCCCCUGGAUUGCGGGUAGAGGGCGAGGUACUGCCGAUGAACGUAGGCCAUCAUGGCGGUGUUCAGCAUAACCAAGUGCAUCAGCUGCUUACCGUUCACUUUGCGCGUGCGACACACGAAGGCAUGCUGCGUCGUACUCACUAUCACCGACGGGCUUUGACUUUCACUGAGAGCUACUUUGUUGGUACGCAGCGGUACGCGGUGGUGCGAGUGGAGACACAGCCACGGUGCGCUGACACUGUGCCUCCCGACCCGGCAUCGAUUCUCAGGGAGGCUUGGGGAGCUCUUCAGACAGCUGUGCGUCAAUGUGCUCAGCUGGGUGUUAUCGGCAUUCCGUUCAGCGGCGCUAACCUCGCGGGUGGUCUUUCGUCGAGAUUGCUGCUGCUGCAGCAGCUAGCGAAUGCGCCGAGCACUGCGGCGACACCCACUACCCCUGUGCCAGGGGUUGCAGGCAGUGGUGAUGGCGGCGCUGCUGCGGAAAAGAAUGAUGAGCUGACGGUGUCGUCUGCGUCGCCACGGGGUGCCAUGGAGGAGAUGGAGCAACUCUUGGUAAGGUGGUAUGCAGCAGGUGUCUUCUUUGGUGCAAUGUAUACCGACGAGUCAGCGGUGGCAGCGGACACGACAAACACUGGUGGCGCGGCUUCAUUGCAGCCGUUAGCGACUGGUCCGUGGUGGAUGCGGCUUCCUGUCGCUGCAGCCACCCGCCAAGCCAUCCACGCGAACAUCUACGCCCGCUAUGCGCUCCUGCCUUACCUCUACACUGCCGCCUAUCACGCCAGCGAGGAAGGGAGCAUAUUCCUGGCGCCGCUGGCGUUCACCUCGUCGGAGGUGUCGCCGCCCAGUAAGGAUACGUGCACGCCAACCUGCUACACUGCAGGUAGUGCGUUGAUUGUGUGUCCUGUAACUCAGCCAGUGCAUCCCCUGCGAGAUGUACGGAAGAGCGAUGGCACCCGCAGUGUGGUUGGUACGGGCUUUUUCGACUUGUGGACAGGAGUGUGGCAUGGCACCGUUUCUUCUGCCGCUGGGCGUGCGUCGUGGUGGGAAAGAGCGGCACAGAAUGGCGGACCCACAUCUAAGGAACUCGCGUGGCUGGCAACCAACAACGCUGACCCCCUUCAGGUUCUUCCAGUGGCAGCGUCUCUUGCGCCUGUACUGUUGCGCAGUGGCCACAUUGUGGCGACUCAAAAUGUUAUCGCGUCUCGGGCAAGCAGCGCGCACGUAAGCGACGAGGCAAUUGUUGACACGCGUGCGGUGCACAGUACGCACAUGGGGGCGAACUGGACCAUCACUGUGGCGCUUCCCUCUUUGCCAGUAGCGGGGGGUGUUGCCGCCGCGUCGCCGGUCGUUCUUGCCGAAGGGGACGUCUUUUGGGAUGAAGGCAGCCACAACGGUCAGCAUCAGCCUCCGACUAUGAAGCCUGGCGACUCGGUGCCGCCGUAUAUGCCCUACAUUCCGACGAAUGUGCACCACUGCGCACUGCACAUGAAGUGCCUCUACGAGGAAGCUGGGGCAUCAGCAGCCACUGCACAACUAACAGUGGAAGUGACGCAGACAUCCGAGUCGUGUGCGGAGGCAUUGGCAGAACUCGUGUCUCACUGGAAUGAGGCGCCGCAGGGAUUUGAAGAGCGCCUGGCAAGUGCAAAGGCGCACAGAGACUCGCGUCUGCAUCAACUGGAAGUGGAGCAGAACGCGCAGGAAGACAAGGGCCUUCGUGGUGACAGAGGUGGGGUAAAGGAUUUUCCUGAAGCUUCGACGCUUACGCGCGAAGACCUGAGAGGACUCCGCUUGCCCAACGCCCACGAUGAAGCCACACGCAAUGCGCUUUGGUCGUCACACAUCCUUCAGCGCUUGCGCUUCCUUUUUCAGAGCGAAGAGGAUGCAGCACGCCUCUCACGGAAGUCAUCUACAUCAUCAGCGACAGCAAUUGUCGUCGUAGAGCGUCACAGUAGCACUGGCAAUACGCCAGGCGUGCAGGCGGGUGAGGAAGGUGCUGUGAGAGCAAGUGUUUGCGCAUCUCACGAUGUGCCUGACGCACACGCAGUGCUUGUGCAUCUGGUAUGCGAUGUACACGGUGAAGGGAUAGCGGUGUCGGUGUUUGGCGCCCGUAAGACCGCGCUCGCGGACGGCUCUUUCGGUGCUCGCGUGCCACCUCGUCACACGUGGAGCUUUAGCUUUUCUCUGAUGAAUUAG